AUGGCCAGCUCGUCGGCGAGCUCGGCCGCUGCGGCCACCCUACUCAAGCGCCAGCUCAAGCAGAUGCAGUCAGCGAAGGAUCUUCCGGGCAUCUCGUGCGGCUUGGUAAACGACAACAACAUCUUUGAAUGGGAGGUCAUGCUGAUGAUCAGCGACGACUGCAAAUACUAUGGCGGAGGAAAUUUCCGCGCCCACCUCAGCUUCCCCCCGACAUACCCGCACAUGCCGCCCAAGAUGGUCUUCCAAAGCCCGAUCCCUUUCCACCCAAACAUCUACCCGAACGGCGAGCUCUGCAUCAGCAUCCUACAUCCUCCCGAGGAGGACAAAUUCGGCUACGAGGCGGCUAGCGAGCGAUGGAGCCCCGUACAGACGCCCGAGACGAUCUUACUGAGCGUGAUCAGCCUGUUUGAGGACCCCAACGACGAGAGCCCUGCAAAUGUGGAGGCGGCAAGGCUGUUUCGCGAGGAGAGGGAGGGUAAGAGCAAGGAUUUCAGGAGGCGGUGUCGGAAGUGCGUGAGGGAGAGUUUGGGAGAGGACUAG